AUUAACAGUGAGGCAAUAGUGAAGUAUUCCUAGCAGCUGGAUGCCCUACAUUGAAUAUACCUCGUUCAUUAAAGCUUCAGAAGACGACUGCUGUGAUUAAUAAGAAGCUGUUUUCGUAAAAUCGUGUAUGUGAAAUCUUGUAAAAUAUGUGCAUUUUCGAAUAUCGGAGUUCGUUUUUAAAAUUUAUGAGUGCAGGUUUUCAAUAAGCAGAAAGAAAAAACAAUUCAGUGUGAUAUGCACAAGUUUCCAAACAAAUUUUUUUACAGUUUAGUAUAGUGUGCAACUCAGUGACCUUUUUCAUGAUACCGUUAAUUCUGUGUUUUGUUUUGUCCGUGACAUUAUGUGAUGAAUUACCUGAUCCAGACCCAAUUCUUAAAUGUUGUCGAAAUGGUGAGGAGCUUCAUUCAAAUGGAAGGGACUGUGUUAAACGAGCAGGAUAUAAAACGCAAAUACUGGAAGAAGGCGAGUACGUUGACAUUGGUGAUCCAGCUGAACUCGAAUCACAGAAGCUUUACUGGUUGCCCUCAUCUGUAUUGAAUAAAUUGCCCCGCCAGAAAUUAUUUGUUGAAUACAGAAACACAGAUGUUUGCAAUACUGAUUUUUUCGUUUUAUUAAAUACUAAUAAUACCGACCGCUACAGAAUCACAGAUAAUUAUACUUUGAUUGUUAGUUUGACAUAUAUUGACGGCAAUACGUUUAAUGCUGAAUUUGGAAAUUUUCAGUAUUGCUUGGACUCGCUAUCUGAAUCACAAAGUUCUCAUGUAUUUCGUAUGUGCUUAGAUACAGAAAACAAUUUCACUACCAUUAGAAAAUGUUGCAAAUUUGGUCAACAGAUUCAAUUAAGAAAUUCUGUUGCAAAGUGUGAAGAUGCUGAAAGUAACACAUGGUCAGCCGAAGAUUCUGUUUUUCGCAGCUAUUUUCCUAACACCACCAUUACAGACAUUAUGGAUGGAAGCAUCUCGCUCUGUAGUAGCGGAGAAUUCAAAAUAUUACAGCCAGAUGAAGCUUUUAAAUACAUAAAUGAAAAUUUAGCCUUAUCUUUGAAUGAAUAUGAUGUGCAAAAUUAUAAAUGUUUUGAAUCAUUCUUCGACUCAAUAAAAGAGAAUGAGACAGUAGGAUUUUGUCAUCACUCAAGUAAAACUGUACUAGCAUACUAUUUGGUAUUUCGGCAUUUCUCUGUGCUUGCGGCUAUUGCAUUGGCAGUAGGUUUGAUAAUCCUUGGAAGUCGUUCAGAUAUUUACAGGACCAUUCACGGAAAAGCUCUUCUGUGUCACAUUUUAUGUCUUUUCAUUGGGCAUGUCAUCUAUGCUCUCUGGGAAUAUUACCUUCAGAAAUGGGAUGAUGAAACAAUUCUUCUUGUGUUGAAUUUCUUUAUUAUGUCUUCCGUUCUAUGGCUCAAUAUAAUGUGCUUCAACAUGGCCAGGGGUCUCGGGACGUCCUUGGAAGUUCGUAAAAGAAGAAACCGCUGGGCACCGUUCGCGUGCUACUGCGCGUACGCGUGGGGCGGCUCUAUGCUCCACACUGUGCUCUUAGCCUCGCAGCCGUGGAGGGAGUACGACGAUCGAGAUAUCAUUUCAUUCGUGUACCACACCAAAACAUAUUUCUACCCUGACGAGUGGAGAUACUCGCUAAAUUUGGAAGCCCUCUUUUUUGGAUACGGUCCAGUGUGUACAUUCUUGGUCAUCAACAUUGGUCUUCUUACAACAACGAUAUUGAAAAUACGGAAGUUGGAACGUGACACAUCAAUACUCCACAGAAGGUUGUCAGUAUGCAUCACUAAUAAAAAGAAGAAUCAUUCAAGCACUCCUGACAUGCGCGGCGCCGCGGCGCCGACGGCGGCGGAGAUGGCCGCGCUGGCGCUGCGGCUGCCGCCGGCGUACGACGCGGACGGCACGCGCCUCAUGGACGACCUCAUCUGGAUCACGAGGAUCGUGCACACGGAGGCGCUCUUCAGAACCCUCGCGGCGGUCUGCGACCUGCUGCGCGCCGCCUCCGUGCUCGCGCUCUCGUGCUCCAACGACAGCGGAAUUGCAACGCGCGAUCUAAGCGCCGCUAACUGCCCCGUAAAAUGGUCGCCGCGCCGCAGCAUACGUCGUUACGAGGCGCUCGCGUCAGUGGAGGCGAUCGAGGUGGGAGACAAGAGGAAAUGGAAACGGAGCAAGUGCGGAGGUUUUAGUUCUGGUGAUGGAGGAGAUGGUGGAGGUUGUGGUGGUAGUGGUGGAGGUGAUGAUCGUAGUGGUGAAGGAGGAGGAGGUAUUGAUGUAGGACGAGGAAGUGGUAUAAAUGUGAGAGUAGGUGGUGGUAGUGGUGGUAACGGAGGAGGUGGUAGAGGUAUUUUUGGAGAUGAUGGUAGUAGUGAAGAAGGAGGAGGAUGUGGUAGAGGUGGUGGUGGUGAUGGUGGUGGUGGUGGUGGUGAAGGUGAUGAUGAAGGUAGUGAUAAAAGUGAUGGAGGUUGUGGGUGGGUGUGA